GCGCGGGCGCGGGCGCGGGCGCGGGCGCGGGCGCGGGCGCGGGGUUGUCCGCGCGCGCUCCCGCCACCGAGAGGGCCGGGCCGGGCGUGCCUCAGGCGGCAGCGGUAGGAGCGCGGGUGCCUGAGGCCCAGUGAACGGGGCAGGAUGAGCGGUGAGGACGGAAACGAGGAAUUCUACCAGCAGCUGCAGCUCCAACAGCAGUACGAGGCUAAGCCAGCUGAGAGCGAGGGCGAGUCCGACCCCUUUACCUACGUGGACCCGGCGGACGGGGCUGCCUACGAGUGGGACCUGGAGAAGAAGGCCUGGUUCCCCAAGAUAACAGAAGAUUUCCUGGCAACCUAUCAUGCCAACUAUGGCUUCCAUGCAGAUGAGAGAGAUUGUUCAUCUGCUUCUGGUACAGCCACUGAAAGUAAGCAACCAGUAAGUUCUAAGUCAUCAGGAGCACAACCAUCAGCUAAUGAGACAGGACAAAAACAAACAGAUCCAAAACAAAAAUCGGAAAAAAGGAAGCUAGAGCCAGGGUGGUUUCAUGUUGAAGAAGACAGAAACACUAAUGUUUAUGUGACAGGUUUACCUCCAGACAUUACGAAAGAUGAAUUUGUACAAGUCAUGUCAAAAUGUGGUAUCAUCAUGCGAGAUCCUCAGACAGAAGAACACAAGAUCAAACUGUACAAAGAUAAGGAAGGAAAUCUUAAAGGAGAUGGCCUCUGUUGUUAUCUGAAGAGAGAAUCAGUUCAACUUGCUUUGAGGCUUCUGGAUGAAGCAGAAAUCCGAGGCUGUAAAUUGCAUGUGGAAGUUGCAAAGUUCCAACUGAAGGGGGAGUAUGAUGCAAGCAAAAAGAAGAAGAAAUGUAAAGACUACAAGAAGAAGUUGUCACAACAGCAGAAACAGCUGGAUUGGAGGCCGGAAAAGAAAGAUGGAGCAACUCGAAUGCGGCAUGAACGCAUUGUUAUUAUCAGGAACAUGUUUCACCCCAAGGACUUUGAGGAGGACCCUUUAGUGCUAAAUGAGAUAAGAGAAGAUCUGCGGACAGAGUGUGAAAAGUUUGGUCAAGUAAAGAAGGUUCUCAUAUUUGAUAGGCACCCUGAUGGUGUCGCUUCUGUGUCAUUUAAAGAAGCAACAGAAGCUGAUCUAUGCAAGCUGACUCUAAAUGGAAGGUGGUUUGGUGGCCGUCAGCUCAGUGCUGAAACAUGGGAUGGUGUAACAGAUUAUCAGGUGGAGGAGACUGCAAGAGAAAGGGAAGAAAGGCUUAAGGUGUGGGAGUCAUUUUUAGGGGAUCCGGAUGCAAAGGAACAGCAAACUACAUCUGAUUCGGAUUCUGCAUCAAGUAGUAUUAAACUGCCCGAUGGGAAACAACCUCCAGAGGUUAAUGACACACCUAAGGAGGAUGCAAAGGAUGAAGCUCAUAAGAGGGCGAAUAAUGGUGAGGGUAUUAAUGAAGAUGGAGCUCCAUCCACAGACAGCAGCCUUGCAGGCAGUGAUGGUGAAGCUGAUACAUAACAUCUUUAAUACUUUAUGAAAGCAUGAUUUUUAGGGUGAUGUUUGAGUGUAUCCCUUUCUUCAGGGUGACUGCAGACAAUAUUCAUAUGAAUAUAGAUAUAUUAGAAUGUCAUCAAUUGUGUGCUUUGAAGUUUUCAUUAAAAGCAGUAUUUAAUGAGGUUCUAAAAGUUUGUAUUAAUUGGCUGUUCAGGUAAAGUAAUUCAAGUUGCCAAGAACACAGUAAAACUCAUCAGGCUUCUUUUGUUCUAACUAUGCUUGUCAGUGUUUCAUCAUGAGAGUGUGAAAUAUGUUCCAACCCUUAAGUUUAUGUAACUAUAUGUAACUUAUGUAAUACAAAGCUUUUACAAGAUUUGUGGAUUGUACUGUUAAUUUUCCUGUAGCCCUUGAAAUUCAGUAUUUCAAUAAUUUGUGUCCUGGUAUGUUGGAUCAUUUUAUGGAACAGGUGCUGUGAUCCAUAUAGGGUGAAUGCAUUGGAUUGGAUGUGUUGCUAUGUAUUAGGUGGCAGAUGAUGAGUAGUAUCAGGUCACAAGCUUAAAGAAAGUGGCAGACAGUGUUGCCAUAGCAACCCUAAGGCAAACUGAGUGAAGAGAGGUUAUUAAAUCACAGCAUUCAGCAAAUUAGUUUUUCCUUCCCCUGUUUAGAUCUGUUGAUGUUAGAUAGAGGCUGGAAUUAUGUCAAGGAGACUAGAAAUGCAUGAACACAUUCUAGGCCAUAAUAACAUUGGUUUUACACUCUCAUGGUCUGUAUGCAGUAGGUAUCAAAAUAGGCUUUUGAUUUUUGUGGUGGUUUUGUUAGUUCUUGCUUUUAUAUUAGAGUAAGAGCUUUUCAUUAACUUUGUUAGCAUGAUGAAUGCGAGUUCUCAACAUUUUAGUUUAGCUCUGUGUGCUCUUCACAGUGGGAAGGAUCUUCCAUAUUUCAUAAAAUUUAAAUGCUUUUGGCAGCUCAAACUGCAGUUUGUUGUGCAAAAGUUAGAAUACUUUAAAAUAUGCUUUCAAAUAAUGCUCUUAUAUGGAAAAAGCAAAUGCUAGUCCUCUUCAAAAUAUUUCCAAAAACAAGGACUUAGAAGAUAUUCUAACUUUAAAUAUCUUAAUAAGUGGCAGGCUUUCAAAAAUAACUGGGGGGAGCUGUUUUGGGCAUAGUCAUUCUUAAUUUAGAAUUCCACUAUUUUGAUAAGUAAGACUAGAAGAACAUGGUUUUAGGCACUAAGCAAUUAAAAAUUCAUAGCAUGCUGUUCAUAUGGAUGGUUACCAGUACACAUUUGCAAGGAGGAUCCUUUGAUUUUUUUUUUUUUAAUUCAUAUUGGAUUGCAAGAAACUAUAGAUGCUAAUUCCUGUGUUUCCAUCAUGAGGUAAUCAGAAUAUUCUGAAAAUGUUAUCUUCAAACCUUGUGCUCUGAGAUUACCAUACAGAUGUUUUCCUGAAUUCUAUAUGGUUGUCUAAGUUUAUUUUGUUGGGUUAUUUUUUUUAAUAUAUAGUCAAUAUGUGUGGGUGGUUAUGCUAACAAGAGCAUCUAAGUUAUCACUUGCCAUUUGGGUUAUAAAUUACAUCUUUUGUGACAAAAAUAGCUGUCACGUUUGAAUUCAGGGGUUAAAAGUCUCGGGGCUCAUAAUACGCUGAUAUGACAAAUUUCCCAUUUUGAGUUGCAUUAUAAAGAAGAGAUGUAGCUCUUGCCAGCUAAAAAAAGUCCAUUUUCUCAUCUUUCCAAGUGUGUGGAUUGUGUGUUUCAGCAAAGCAGCUGUUUGAAGAAUUCAGGGAAUCUGGAACACUGCCUGGUUAGUAGCUGCGUGUAAUGGUAUAUUCAGAUACAUUUCUCGGUUGUGUUGGUUCUGCCUUAGUUAUUUUUAUUGGUAAGAUGCACCACAGACCUUUGAGAGCUGGAAGUGUUUGCAUAUGAGGAGUGUAAUUUAGUGUGGUGAUUAUUGCUUUCAGUGCUCCUUUUUUUUCUUCCAUCUUCUAGAUUCAAGGCUUUAGAUCUCUUACUCUUGUGUUUUGUUUGCUUUUUUUUAUUUUAAGGGAGCCCAGUUGUGUAACACUACACAGUUAAAUCGCUUGUUUUACAGUGGAAUUACAACUGAUAUAGGGAAACUUGUGUAAUUUAUAUAUAAAACUUGUAAAGUUCUAUGAAGCCUUAUCAUGGUAUCAGAUAGGAAAACAAGGUUACUGUUAGUGUUUGAAAAAUAAGGAGUUGUACGUGCAGUAAAGCUUCCUCUCUCCAAUUGAUGUACAAAUUUGACUGGCUUGCUGCAGAAGUUCAAUGUGCUCUUAGUCCUUUCACCUUCUCCUUUGGACUUCACACUAAAGUAGAGCACCAACAAAGAUUGAGACCAAAUUAUUUACUGGCUUUUCUAUUAACUAGGAUUCUUAAGAAAUAAAAGCUCUUUUUCCAUGCAAAUAUGUUGUUUUCAAGUGUGGCAUUAUACUCAAACUUGUCUUUUCCUUUUGACUACCUCCAUUUUCCCCAGUAAAAUGUAAAAAUAUGUUUUUAUAAACUAUUCAUUGAGUUAUUAAAGCAUUUAGUAGUCUAAGGAGAGGUUAAUGCAGCUGUGACUUUUCAGCAGAUUUUCAUUAAAACCAAAUUCUUUAGAUGUUUUCCUUUUUGAAAUUAUAUAUGAAAUUAUUUUGAACUUAUGAAAUUUUUAUAAACCAGUCUGAACAGAAAUCAAAAAUUUUCACAGAAGUUAAAAUUUCUAUUUUGAAGUACGAUUAUGGAAUUCUUAUAGUAUAGAGCAGUAAUGUUUAAUAAGAAAUUUUGACAAAUCUGAACAAGCUGAGUUGCUUUUUACACUUACAUAUUUUUCUUACUGAUCAGCAUCUGUCAUGGGUUAGUACAGUUUGGUUUUUUAGUUAUAGAAGAAUGUAAAAUAAUUCUCCAGGUCAGGACCUGGGAAUUGCUUUGGAAGAGACAGCAACCUAUCAGAGAGUUAGUUGGAAUAUUGGCAUCUGUUCUGACCACUGAAAAUUACUAGCUGCGACUUUGGGAAGUACCGUAUAAAACCCCGUGAAUUUCCUGUAGGUGGGUCCUUUUUCUUCUUUCCUUUGGCCAGAGAGAGACAGGUAACAUCGAGCUGGGCCUGCUGCUCCCCCCUUUUGGGGGGGGAGCUGGCCUGAGGCCUGGCCAGAUUCCAUUGGCUCCCAGGUGAAGGGGGGGGGAAGGAGAGGUUGCUCUUUUGCAACAGCUACUUUCUUCAGACUUCUCUAGAGCAGAGAGAGAUCUCUGUCAGGCCCCUGAUAAGAGCUAUGGGCACCAUUUAGGCUGAGGCCACCCCGAUUUACACUGAGGGGUGGGCUGAGAAAACAUUUAUGAUCCUGCCUGGUUUUUUUUUAUGUUUACGGACUGCCUGGGUGCUCUGAUCUCUGAUGUUUCUGCGAGUUCUUCCUCCCUCACCAGCGCGGCCUUGAACAUCUAACACUACGAGCAACAGAGAGAGAGAGACAAAGACUGCAAGCAGAUUUAACUCUUUCUUAGCAACAUGAAGCUUCCAGAGCUUGGCCCUUCUCUGAGAGAGUAAGGACAGAGUGAACAUAAAGACCAACAGCAUGAAGUCAGUAGAGCAAGAGUGAAAAGACUAUUGGGACAGAGGGUUGAAGAGUUGGUUGUUCUAUUCUUACUUGAGCCAUGGAAAUGAACUCUAUAUUUAGAUCAUUCCUUUAAAUCAUGGGAAAGAUAUGCAUUUGGGGAGAUGAUUGUUUAGAUUUGUGUGUGGAUUUAAGCAAAGGUGUUUGUGAUGGACUAAGUAAUAUUAAUCCUAUAAGAUGCUUGAACAGAGAUAAAGAUGAGAAGCCCCCUGCGCCAGUGAAGAAGUGAGAAGAUAUCUCUGUUCCUUGAGAUGAAUAAUCCUUUGCCUUUGGAGUUAUUCAUCUUUAAAAAGUGACACCCCAGUAUGCAAUAGUCUAAGACCCAUGCCCCGUAAACAGCUUGGGAAACUGCUCCUGGGAGGGUCACAAAGGCAAGUUUCUCCGGGCGGUUGUUUUUGUGACAGUUUAAAACCCACAAAAGAACUGUUCUAGGUUGUCAGUGGGAUCCAUGACUCAAAAAGAUACUCUUCCCCUAAUGAAUUGAUGAAAGACUAUUGUCAGAUAGUGAAACUGACUGAAAAUUACAAGUUUUGUCUCUUUAUGUAAUUUUGUAGGAAAGUGAACAGUUUGUAAGGGGAGGGAAGAGUGUUUUUGGAGUUUCAUUCUGUUUUAGUUUUUUUUCCAACUUUCUUUUUUUCUAUUCUUUUAGUGUGUGUUAAUAAAACUAUUUGUUAAUUUUAA